UCAGGCACGCUGGAAGAUAACAUGCCCAAUGGAUCCAGAGAGGCACAGCCCGCGGUGGCAGUAAGGAUAAGCAAGUGGGGAUUCGGAGGAGUACGGUGCCUCUGAUAUGAGCUACAUCAUGGAUCCAUUGUCCAGAGACUGUAGCAAAGGCUCAUUGAAGGGUAGCAGUGCUCCCUUCUCCCCAGACACAGAUGGGGACGUUGACGGAGAUCCUGUGCAGCCCAGUGUGGACCUGGAACUCGCUCGUAAGAAGAAGGAGCUGGAGGUCAUAGAGGAGAAGAUAGCUCGCAAGAAAGAUGUUCUUGCUACACGAGAGCUUGAACACGGAGCUAAGGACAUGCCUAAAAAACAGACUGCAUCCACAACAGUGAAGGGCAUGUCUAAACAGACCAAUAUGGACAAUACAAUAUUCAAAACAUACAACAAUGUCGCCGACAGGUCGUCACGCGUAUGCCUACCUCUUAAACGGAGGGUGCUGGACAUUCUAAAUACCCCUGCCGAGCUGAAGAAUCAAAACAAGAUGCGAGCAUUGGAUCUGAUGAUUAGAGCUCCCCUAGAAAAUGAAGAGGCCCGUCCUCUGAGACUGAGGGUUUUAAUGAACCAGCGACGCUAUCCCGACAAUGAGGAGGUGGUCCCUGAUGAUGAACCGCAUAAUCCAACCAUUCAGAGGCCACUUAAUUCACUCAGGACACAGGAGAAAGACAUAGCAGCCACAGGCUUCCAGCGCUUCCUCAAUGUCCUCAAUGAAGGUGUGGACCUCAACAAGCUCUCAAAGAUCGUCAACGACGAAAAUGGGUUACUCAUUGUGGGCGAGGAGCUACCACAAGUUUGGCCGACUCUGCCCGAGGGUCAUGAUGACUCCAGCAGUAGAUCCAAGUCUUCUCUAGUUGAGGAGAAGACGAAGGUGAGGCUUGAGGAUGAGCAGCGGCACGAGCAGAUGCAGACCCUGCUGGAGAUCGUUGGGCUGGACUUGGGGGUUGAGGAGUUUGGUCAGCUGACAGAUGGGACCAAUGACAGGCUGUAUGGGAAGAUGGGAGACUUGAAAAGGAAGGAGUUCGAGAAUGAGAAGGGGAAAAGAGAAAAAGGAAAGCGAGCCUUCAUUUAAA